CCUUUUAAAGUCAGUAACCUGAAGGACAUUGUGCUGGAAUACAAAAGAAACCAUCAAAACCAUCAUGCCUCCCUGCGUCUUCCCAGGCCAGAAAUGGCAGAGCACAUCUCUGAGAUCUUGGCAAUGGGUGGCGUGAAGAAGCGCAAUGUGGAAAUAAAGCCAACAUGUUCGCCAUCCCCAUGCGUCCACCUCACAGGACCUCGCUGUGAAGUUGAGGAUUUGAAGGACAGCCUUAAGGCAUUUAUUCAGAGUCUGAAAACUAAAGAAUGUGAGGUGAAAGGACCUGGAGCUCAACAGUUUUUUCAAGGUGAAGGUGCAGAGACUUUGAAAAUUGGAAGGUUUUCUUCUGUGGUUUUGAUAAUCCCCAUCAAUCAGGAGCCAAAAGUGCCCGAAAGAGGUCAAAUUCCCCAAUACACAAGCUGUUUCAAUCUCCAAAGCUUACAAUUUACUGCAUCUUCCCAAUACUCUCUGGACUCUUUGGAUUCAGUGUACUCAGUGGACAAUGAGAUAAACAUUAAAGUUGUGGUUGGAAGUCUUGUGCAACAACAAGCAGAUGUGUUUGUUGCUCCAAUGAUCCAAACAAACAUGACCUCAACCUUGAUUGGAUCAUCCCUGUUGAAUAAAGCAGGACAGCAGCUUCAAAAUAACUUCUACAAUGCCAAAGGACUUCACACCCUUAAGCCUGGAGAAGUGCUGGUGGUGGAGGCGACACCAGCGUUGGGAUGCUCCAAGGUUUUCUUCAUAGAAUGUGCACCAAAAGGAAAUAAGCACAUCAGCGAAAAAGCACUUCACUCAGGACUUCGCCGAGUUUUUCAGCUAUGUGAGCAGAACUCUUUUGGUUCGGUUGCGUUGCCAGUAAUUGGACCCGGCAUAGUGCUGUCAAUACCGGUCAAAGAUGCCGUAAAUAUUCUUACUCAUGAGAUCUGCAAAUUUUUAUCUGGACCCACUGGUCAACUGCACACCAUUUGUAUCCCAAUAAUGCCUAAUUACCCCAAUUCUGAAGAGAUGUUCCAGACAGUCCGUGGUAAUCUGAGUGCAGAAAUGGUGGACAGCACAGGACAAGCUCUGUUUCAGUCACUGACCUCUGACCUUGAUGAGAUCAUCAUGAUAGUAGAUAGGACUGAAGUCCAUCUAGUGUUUGGAGACAUCACUAAUGAGACUACUGAUGCUAUUGUGAACACCACUGAUUUUAAGGACUUCCAGACAGCUGGAGUGUGUAAGGACAUCCUUACUAAGGCAGGCCCUCAAAUUCAAGCUCAGCUAACAGGGGCUCAAGUAGCAAGCGGGCAGAUCUUCACAACUCUGUCAGGAGGUUUUCCCUGUAAGACCAUCAUGCAUGUUUGUGGACAGAGGGACCCUGCUGUUAUCAAGACCUUGGCAAAAGAAAUAGUGGUUCAAUGUGAGAGGGGCCGCUGCAGGUCUGUGGCCAUUCCUGCAAUCUGCGCUGGUGAAGGCUUUGCAGGACAAGGAGGUUUGGACCCCAGUGUGGUGGCCAAGUCCAUUCUAGAGGGAGUAAAGGAAGCACCUGCACCACUAGUACCUACCAGUGCAACCAGAAGAGGACGCAGUGCAACCACUAGUGGACACUGGGCUUCAACUAGAAUGAGCAGAUCACAUUCCUUACCAGGAGCUCUUAACUUGAGUGCUUUAGCGACAUCUUUGCCUGACACAGAGAGCAGAGCAGUAUUUCUAGUCAUUGGUUACUCUGAUGCUGAAGUGUCUGAUGCCUGUAGAGAACUCAAGCGGGCGUAUGAUAACCAGUGCACCACGCAAACUUUUACUCCUGAUGAGAUGAACUGCCUCACUUCAGAUGAAAUGGACCAGCUGCUCUUUAAAGUGGAUUUACUGCACCUGCAGGUAGAAACGAAAAGUUCUGAACAAUGGGUAGUAAAAGGACUGAAGGAUGGAGUGAACGAGGUGCUUAAACUGACAAAAGAUGCAGCUCUUAGACAGGUGAGAAAGAAAGUGGAUUAA